CUCGAAGCUGAAUCUGAAGUAGAAAACCAGAAGAAAAUGGCCGACUACCAUAACAACUAUAAAAAGAAAGAUUCACCUCUCCCCUCGCCUAAACAAAUAAACUUUUAGUUACAACCUCAUGGAGUACACCGUUCCAACCCAAAUCCAUCCACUGAGCUUCUAGAGGCUAAAAGACUCUAAGAAUGAUGAGUUGGAGUUUGUCCGAACUGGCUAUGGGAAGGAUAUGGUAAAAGUUCUCCAUAUUCAGCGAGAUGGAAAAUAUCACAGCAUUAAAGAGGUGGCAACUUCAGUGCAACUUACUCUGAGUUCCAAAAAAGAUUACCUGCAUGGAGAUAAUUCAGAUAUCAUCCCUACAGACACCAUCAAGAACACAGUUCAUGUCUUGGCAAAGUUUAAGGGAAUCAAAAGCAUAGAAGCCUUUGGUGUGAAUAUUUGUGAGUAUUUUCUUUCUUCUUUUAACCAUGUAAUCCGAGCUCAAGUCUACGUGGAAGAAAUCCCUUGGAAGCGUCUUGAAAAGAAUGGAGUUAAGCAUGUCCAUGCAUUUAUUCACACUCCCACUGGAACACACUUCUGUGAAGUUGAACAACUGAGAAGUGGACCCCCCGUCAUUCAUUCUGGAAUCAAAGACCUCAAGGUCUUGAAAACAACACAGUCUGGAUUUGAAGGUUUCAUCAAGGACCAGUUCACCACCCUCCCUGAGGUGAAGGACCGAUGCUUUGCCACCCAAGUGUACUGCAAGUGGCGCUACCACCAGUGCAGGGAUGUGGACUUCGAGGCUACCUGGGACACCAUUCGGGACCUUGUCCUGGAGAAAUUUGCUGGGCCCUAUGACAAAGGCGAGUACUCGCCCUCUGUGCAGAAGACCCUCUAUGAUAUCCAGGUGCUCUCCCUGAGCCGAGUUCCUGAGAUAGAAGAUAUGGAAAUCAGCCUGCCAAACAUUCACUACUUCAAUAUAGACAUGUCCAAAAUGGGUCUGAUCAACAAGGAAGAGGUCUUGCUGCCAUUAGACAAUCCAUAUGGAAAAAUUACUGGUACAGUCAAGAGGAAGUUGUCUUCAAGACUGUGACAUUGUGGCCACCCAUAGGAGUCCACUCUCAGCUGAGGAAUUCCUUAAGUCAUUUGUGAUGCUGGAGAUGAUAGCAUGUAGCCAUGUAAAAUUUCGCACUAGUAUAUUGAUUUAUAGUGUUCACUUUCCUCCAAUAUGAAACAAUUUAUUUCUUCUACACUUGGCUCAGCAAGGCAUUCUGUGGAUUACCUUAUUAGUAAUUAUAACAUGCUUUAUGGCUAUAGUUUACUUUAAAAUGCUGAGCAGUAUUAGGACAGUUAUAAAUCAAUAUUUCUUUUUGGUUGUCUUGUGCCUUCGUAUCUUAGAGAAGCUUUAGAAUCAAUUCAUUAAGAAAAUAAUCAUUAAUGGGUGUGUCACAUCAAUUAA